UUUCAGUCGACGCGUAGCGCUACCAACGUAAAGAUCGUGUAAGAGAGAGAGAAAAAUACCAAAAAGUAACAAUUAUUUUUAAACGCGUCGCAGUUUAAAUUUUUUAUUUUCAUUUAUUAAUAAAUUUUAAUAAACGUUAGAAAUUCAAAGCCAUAAUGCAUAGAGCUAAUACAGCCUUUAAUUUGGCGUUAUCGCCAAUGGCACAUAAAAAUUUUGCAACAUGGCUUUUAAAUGGAGCCAACAAGAAGAUUAUUAAAAAUGCUAUGGCUGCUGCUGCUGUACGUUGUUACAACUCAGCUGCUGCUGAGCCUUUUGCAAAUGGUACCACAGCUUCUUAUGUAGAAGAAAUGUACAAUAAUUGGUUGCGUGAUCCCACCUCUGUACACACAUCCUGGGAUGCCUAUUUCCGCAAUAACUCUUACUGUGGUCCCCCAAAUCUAGCUCCUCAACAAUACAACACUCUACCCGUUUCAGCUUAUGCUGGUAUGGUUAGCGGUGCUGCUCCCGACUCUAAAACUAUCGAUGAUCAUUUAGCUGUUCAAGCUAUUAUCAGAAGUUAUCAGUCUCGUGGUCAUUUGGCUUCUGAAUUGGAUCCCAUGGGAAUUCUAACUGUUGAAAAGGUCAGGGGUAAGGAUGGUGUUACCCGUCGCGCUAACGAAGAUGUUUUACGUCAACAUUCUGGUUUUUUGUUUGGUGAACAUGAUAUGGAUCGUGAAUUCAAAUUGCCCAGCACUACAUUCAUUGGUGGUGAAGAAAAUCAAUUGCCCCUAAGAGAAAUCUUGAAUCGUUUGGAAAAUGUAUAUUGUAAUAAAAUUGGUGUUGAAUUCAUGUUCAUCAAUUCUUUGGAACAGUGCAAUUGGAUUCGUAAACGUUUUGAAACUCCUGGCGUUAUGAAUUUCUCACCCGAAAAGAAACGUUUGAUUUUGGCCCGUUUGACACGUGCUACUGGAUUUGAAGGUUUCUUGGCUAAGAAAUACUCUUCGGAGAAACGUUUCGGUUUGGAGGGUUGUGAAAUUAUGAUUCCCGCUUUGAAGGAACUUAUCGACGCCUCUACCGAGUUGGGUGUUGAAUCUGUGAUUAUGGGUAUGCCCCAUCGUGGUCGUUUGAAUACAUUGGCCAAUGUAUGCCGCAAACCUUUGCAUCAAAUCUUUACACAGUUUGCUGGUUUGGAAGCUGCUGAUGAUGGUUCCGGUGAUGUAAAAUACCAUUUGGGUACAUACAUUGAACGUUUGAACCGUGUCACAAACAAGAAUAUUCGUUUGGCUGUUGUUGCUAAUCCCUCUCACUUGGAAGCCGUCGACCCUGUUGUACAGGGUAAGACUCGUGCUGAACAGUUCUACCGUGGUGAUCAAGAAGGCAAUAAGGUUAUGUCUAUUUUGAUUCACGGUGAUGCUGCUUUCUGUGGUCAAGGUGUUGUCUAUGAAACUAUGCACUUGUCUGAUUUGCCCGACUACACUACUCAUGGUACUAUUCAUGUUGUUGCUAAUAACCAAAUUGGUUUCACUACCGAUCCUCGUUUCUCACGCUCCUCCCCAUAUUGUACCGAUGUUGCUCGUGUUGUGAAUGCUCCCAUUUUCCACGUCAACGCCGAUGAUCCCGAGGCUGUUAUGCAUGUGUGCAGAGUUGCCGCCGAAUGGCGUAACACCUUCCACAAGGAUGUCGUUAUUGAUUUGGUCGGCUAUCGUCGUAAUGGCCACAACGAAAUUGAUGAACCCAUGUUCACCCAACCUCUUAUGUACCAAAAGAUCAGAAAACACAAAAUCUGCUUGGAUCUCUAUGCCGAUAAGCUUAUUGCCGAAGGCACUUGCACCGCUGAAGAAGUUAAAUCGGUGGCCGAUAAAUACGAAAAGAUUUGCGAAGAAGCCUUCGAAUUGGCUAAGAAGGAAACACACAUUAAGUACAAGGACUGGAUCGAUUCCCCCUGGUCUGGUUUCUUUGAAGGCAAGGAUCCCUUGAAGGUAUCACCCACUGGUGUCAAGAUCGAAACCUUGGUACACAUUGGCAACAAAUUCUCUUCACCACCACCAAAUGCUGCUGAAUUCGUAAUUCACAAGGGUCUUACUCGUGUUUUGAAUGCCCGUAAGGCUAUGGUUGAUGAAGGUGUUGCCGAUUGGGCUCUUGGUGAAGCCAUGGCCUUUGGCUCUCUCCUCAAGGAAGGUGUUCAUGUCCGUCUGUCUGGUCAAGAUGUUGAACGUGGUACCUUCUCUCAUCGUCAUCAUGUUUUGCACCAUCAGUUGGUUGACAAGGCUACCUACAAUGCUCUCCAACACUUGUACCCCGAUCAAGCUCCUUACUCCGUUUCAAACAGUUCUUUGUCUGAAUACGCUGUACUUGGUUUCGAACACGGUUACUCCAUGACCAAUCCCAAUGCCUUGGUCUUGUGGGAAGCUCAAUUCGGUGAUUUCUUCAAUACAGCUCAAUGUAUUGUCGAUCAAUUCCUUUCCAGCGGUCAAGCUAAAUGGGUACGUCAAUCCGGUUUGGUUAUGUUGUUGCCUCACGGUAUGGAAGGCAUGGGUCCUGAACAUUCAUCUGCUCGCGUUGAACGUUUCUUGCAAAUGUCUUCUGACGAUCCCGACUAUUUCCCUCCAGAAUCUGAGGAAUUCGCUAUCAGACAAUUGCACGAUAUUAACUGGAUUGUAGCCAACUGCACUACCCCCGCUAACUUGUUCCACAUUUUGCGUCGUCAAAUUGCUUUGCCUUUCCGCAAACCUUUGGUCCUCCUUACACCCAAAUCUCUAUUGCGUCACCCAGAAGCCAAGUCACCUUUCAGUGAUAUGGCUGAAGGCAGUGAAUUCCAACGUAUCAUCCCUGAAAAGGGUGUUGCUGCUGAGAACCCCAGCGGUGUUAAGAAGGUUAUUUUCUGCAGCGGUCGUGUAUACUAUGAUUUGACCAAACAACGCAAGGACAAGGGCUUGGAAAAGGAAAUCGCUAUUGUUCGUGUAGAACAAAUUUCACCCUUCCCCUUCGAUCUAGUCAAAGAACAAGCUAACUUGUACAAGGAUGCUGAUUUGGUUUGGGCUCAAGAAGAACACAAAAAUCAAGGCUGCUGGUCUUAUGUGCAACCACGUUUCUUGACCGCCCUUAACCACGAUAGAGAUAUUAGCCCCCAUGAUGCUACUUCCUCUUCCACUUCUACUACUACCACUACUACUACCAAUACUAAUGAGUCCGAUUCCGCUAAUCAAUCGAAACCCUGGUUAAGUCGUAUGUUUACAUCCGGUGGUAGCAAGUCUGCUGCUAAUGAUGCCACCUCUGGCAAUCAACAGCAGACUGGUGAAUAUUGCGAGAAGAAACAUUUUGAUUUGAAAAAUGUACGCAAAGAUUUCAAUAGACCCGCUGGUCAUUCGGCGGCACCUGGUGUGCGUGUUUCUAAAACUGGACGCAAAAUUAGCUAUGCUGGACGUCCAUGUGGUGCUUCGACUGCUACCGGUUCCAAGGCUCAACAUAUACGUGAAUUGAAUGCUUUGUUGGCUGAUGCCAUCAGUAUCUAAAUGACUCUUUAAUAAAUGAUGAUAAAAGGAGAAAUUUCAUCAUCAUAGAAACAUUGUAUCAUCAUCAUUGAUUUUUUUUUUUAAUUUUAAACACAACACAAUUUCUAGAGACAAACUUUUAACGACUAAAAUGGAUCUAUUUAUCUAUCAUACAUACAAUUUACAUACGCGCAUACAUAUACAACAUUUAAAACUAUAAAUAUAUUGAAAAGAUAUUUUUUUUCUUAAUUUUAAUUUUAUUUAAAUGAUUAUUAUAUAUCUACUAUACUUUAAACACACACACAUACACAUAUACAUAUUGUCUCUGUCUUUGACAAAAUUUAAAGAAAAAGAAAUGUUUGUUUUUCGUUUAAAAAGUGAAACCAAACAAAAAUACCUUAAAUUACCAAUCUUUAACUAUUUAAAUAUUAUAAAAAGAAAAACAACAAAAACGAAAAAUGUAAUUUAGUUUAGAUAAUUGUAAAACUAAGAAAUGUAGUUAAAACUUCCUUAAAAAGAAAAAUAAUAAAUCUCCUCUUAAGUUUUAAACAUUAAGCCAACCAUAUGUAGCAAAGAAAACAAAAUGUACGAGAAACCAGAGAGGAUAACUAAAAAAUAACAACCAAGUCUAUGAAAACCGAAUGCAAAUAAAAUAUUAAUUUUAAUUAUUAUUUAUUUUAAAUAUUAUUUAAUUUUUAAAACAAAAAAAAAAAAAAAAAAGAAUAAAAAAUUUAACAAAAAAACAAA